UUUCUACGGUGUGCGAACGUGAAAAAAGAUGGCCGCUUUAGCUAAAGCCCCGACUACACAUGAAGAAAUCGAGUGGCAAAUUCAGCAAUUACAAGCUCAACGAUCGAAUUUACCCAAAGUUGACAUCGGAGAAAAGGUUGGGUUAGCUUCUGUUGGCGAAGGAGGAUAUGAUGUCGACAUUUAUGGUGCGGGUGGUGGCAGGUUUGAAGGCUAUUCAAUUGAUAUUGCUCCAAAUGAACAAGAAGAGGAUGAUGAUGAUUACUCUACCACUAUUAUGCAUCCUUCAAGGAACACUUAUACAGCUCCUACAGCACUGUUAAAUGAUAUAGCCAGGUCCUCUGAGAAUGUGGAUCCGUUUGCACAACACAGGCAGCAAACCAUUGCUGAGCGUGAAGAUGAAUAUAGAGCAAGGAGAAGGCAGAUGGUGAUAUCACCACCAAGGCAUGAUCCUUUUGCAGAUGGUGGCAAAACACCUGAUCCAUCCCAGUUGAUUAAUACAAGGACGUAUCAGGACAUUAUUCAAGAAACAGCUCUUCAUAGAGAGCAGGCGCAAAUCUUUCAUGAUAUCAGGAACCAAGCAGCCUCAGGGGAAUUGCAAAAGGCUCAACCAGCUGCAGCAUCAAAACCAGAGAGGAAGCGCCGCAGAUGGGAUCAGCAGGCUUCUGGGGAUGAAACACCAGCCAAGAAAAAGUCUAGCAGUUGGGAUCAGGCUGAGAUGGCGACUCCUUCUGCCAGUCGCUGGGAUGAAACUCCUGGGCGUACAAAAGGCUCAGAAACACCAGGUGUUACCCCCCACAGGCCUGGCUCUGAGACACCAGGAGCUACCCCUAGCACCAGGAUAUGGGAAGCUACACCAAGCCAUGUGACCCCUGGACAUGCCACACCUGGACAUGCCACUCCUGGCGGCAAUACCACACCAGGCAUUUCAUCAACCAGGAGAAAUCGCUGGGAUGAAACUCCCAAGACAGAAAGAGGUGAAACUCCAGGUCAUGCCACUCCAGGCUGGGCAGAAACUCCUAGAACAGAUCGCACUGGUGCCGAGACACCUGGAGCCACACCUACUCCAGGAAGUAAGCGACGUUCACGAUGGGAUGAGACACCUGCCAGUCAAAUGGGUGGCACCACCCCGAUGAUUGGUACCAGUGGCGUGACACCAGCUGGACCUGCAGCCAUGCAGAUGCAGACACCUACCCCAGGACAGAUGGCUAUGACACCAGAGCAGAUGCAGGCAUAUCGCUGGGAGAGAGAAAUUGAUGAAAGGAACAGGUACCUUUCUGAUGAUGAACUGGAUUCGUUUUUCCCAAAAGAGGGAUACAAGAUUCUUGAGCCACCUCCAGGCUAUCAGCCUAUCAGAACUCCAAGCCGUAAGCUAACAGCCACUCCCACCCCUAUAGGGGGAAGUGGCUUUUUCAUCCAGCAAGAAGACAGAUCAGCCAAACUGGUUGAAGAUCAACCACCUGGUAACUUGCCCUACUUGAAACCAGAUGAUGUACAAUACUUUGAUAAGCUGCUGGUGGAUGUUGAUGAGAGCACUCUUAGUCCAGAAGAGUUGAAGGAAAGAAAGAUCAUGAAACUCUUACUGAAGAUUAAAAAUGGCACUCCACCCAUGAGAAAGGCUGCCUUGCGUCAGAUCACAGACAAAGCUCGUGAGUUUGGAGCAGGUCCACUGUUCAACCAGAUCCUACCUCUUCUUAUGUCUCCUACACUUGAAGAUCAGGAACGUCAUUUGUUGGUGAAGGUCAUUGACAGAAUUCUGUACAAACUUGAUGAUCUUGUUCGUCCAUUUGUCCAUAAGAUCCUUGUGGUUAUUGAGCCACUUUUGAUUGAUGAAGACUACUAUGCUAGAGUGGAGGGACGUGAAAUUAUUUCCAACUUGGCUAAGGCUGCUGGUUUGGCCACAAUGAUCUCUACCAUGAGACCUGAUAUUGAUAAUAUUGAUGAGUAUGUCCGUAACACAACAGCAAGAGCUUUUGCAGUUGUAGCUUCAGCUCUUGGCAUUCCUUCCUUGUUACCAUUCUUAAAAGCUGUAUGUCGCAGCAAGAAAUCAUGGCAAGCACGUCACACUGGAAUCAAAAUUGUCCAGCAGAUAGCCAUUUUGAUGGGAUGUGCUAUCUUGCCUCAUUUGAGAAACUUAGUGGAGAUUAUUGAACAUGGUUUGGUUGAUGAACAGCAGAAGGUGCGAACUAUCACUGCUCUUGCCUUAGCUGCCCUGGCUGAAGCUGCUACACCCUAUGGUAUUGAGUCCUUUGAUAGUGUCCUGAAGCCCCUGUGGAAGGGUAUAAGACAACACAGAGGAAAGGGUCUGGCUGCCUUUCUGAAGGCUAUUGGAUACCUUAUUCCACUCAUGGAUGCAGAGUAUGCCAACUACUAUACCAGAGAAGUGAUGCUGAUCUUGAUUCGUGAGUUUCAGAGCCCUGACGAAGAAAUGAAAAAGAUUGUGUUGAAGGUAGUGAAGCAGUGCUGUGCCACGGAUGGUGUUGAACCGCAGUACAUCAAAGAUGAGAUUUUACCAGAUUUCUUCAAACAUUUCUGGCAGCACAGGAUGGCAUUGGAUAGGAGAAAUUACAGACAGCUAGUGGAUACAACUGUGGAACUGGCUAACAAAGUCGGAGCAUCUGAGAUCAUCAACCGAAUAGUGGACGAUCUCAAAGAUGAAAAUGAACAGUACCGAAAAAUGGUCAUGGAAACAAUUGAAAAGACCAUGGGUAACCUGGGCUCAUCCGAUGUUGAUUCCCGUCUUGAGGAACAGCUUAUUGACGGAAUCCUGUAUGCCUUUCAAGAACAAACUCAGGAGGACAUCGUUAUGUUGAAUGGUUUCGGUACAGUGGUGAAUGCACUGGGUAAGCGUGUUAAGCCAUACCUGCCUCAGAUCUGUGGUACAAUCCUGUGGAGAUUAAACAACAAAUCAGCUAAGGUCAGACAACAGGCUGCUGAUCUCAUAUCAAGGAUCGCUCAAGUCAUGAUGACCUGCGGAGAGGAGAAGCUCAUGGGCCACUUAGGUGUCGUACUGUACGAGUACCUUGGAGAAGAGUACCCUGAAGUACUGGGGAGUAUCUUGGGGGCCCUUAAGGCAAUUGUCAACGUUAUUGGAAUGAACAAAAUGACUCCACCCAUCAAAGAUCUUUUGCCGAGACUCACACCCAUUCUCAAGAACAGACACGAGAAGGUUCAAGAGAACUGUAUCGACUUGGUUGGUAGGAUUGCAGACAGAGGAGCAGAACAUGUCGGUGCGCGUGAGUGGAUGAGAAUUUGUUUUGAGCUCCUUGAACUGCUGAAGGCCCACAAGAAAGCUAUCAGAAGAGCUACUGUCAACACUUUUGGAUACAUCGCCAAGGCAAUUGGUCCUCAAGAUGUACUCGCCACUCUGCUCAACAACUUGAAAGUGCAGGAACGGCAGAACAGAGUGUGCACCACUGUCGCUAUCGCCAUUGUUGCAGAGACAUGCUCGCCAUUCACUGUUCUACCAGCCCUAAUGAAUGAAUACCGUGUCCCAGAGCUGAACGUCCAAAAUGGCGUCCUGAAGUCACUGUCGUUCUUGUUUGAAUACAUUGGCGAAAUGGGAAAAGAUUACAUCUAUGCCGUGACACCUUUAUUGGAAGAUGCUCUCAUGGACAGAGAUCUGGUUCAUCGCCAAACAGCGUGUGCCGCAAUAAAGCACAUGGCCCUGGGUGUGUCAGGCUUUGGCUGUGAAGAUGCUCUCACUCACCUUAUGAAUUACGUGUGGCCCAACAUCUUUGAGACGUCGCCUCAUGUCGUGAACGCAGUGAUGGAGUCUAUCGAAGGCAUGAGAGUGGCUUUAGGACCUUCCAAAGUACUUCAAUAUUGUUUACAGGGAAUGUUUCAUCCGGCGCGAAAGGUUCGAGAUGUCUACUGGAAGAUUUACAACAGCUUGUAUAUUGGAUCACAGGAUGCUCUGGUAGCAGCAUAUCCCACAGCACCCAGUGAUGAAAAGAACCAUUUCUCAAGAUCAGAACUAUCCUAUUUCCUCUGAUCAGAGGAAGAUAUCAAGGCAAUGGCUCUGCGCCGAACAUUUUCUGACAUAGCAUCAUCAUGCACUUAGUAAUUUAACAUUUUAACCUUUGUAGAAAGCGUGCACGUGCCACGCUGUAAAUAGCAGAACUUGAAGAUUUUGUUUUAGGUUAGUUUGCACUUUUCUUCGUUUCCUGCGUUCAGGGCUCGAAAUUGAAUUGAAACAGUUUGCGCAUAAAUACGAAAAUGUAGUCGCAAGUUCUUAAAAAGUGGCAAAACUAAUAAUCCCUGUGAGUUAUUGAAUACACUAGACCAACAAAUGA